AUGGAUACGAAUCUAUAUUCUUGCACUCGUGCUGGACGGACGAAUUCCGAGAAAACUAUGGAAGAUGGUAAUAUUGUCAAUACGAAAGACGAUAAAAGCUCAGCAGCGUCAUUGACAAACUUGUACGGUGAACGGCCAGUGAAAUUUACCGCAAAUGGACAUGAAUUCGCUGGCGAGCAGUCUAGUCCGCCAGACGAGCAGUACGAGCAACGUCGGCAGUCUACCGAAUCUACUUCAUACGACGACAAAUGCAAAAGACGUAUCAAUCCUCUUCGAAUACACCUUGGAAAAAGGCCAUUUGUUGAUAACUCUCUUCAAUAUUACAGCACAAGUAAGAAAAGAAAGUCUUCAAAUAAAGCUUGCGAUAGUAGCACACCAGCCAAUUCAGUGCCCAGAGUGCCCAAACUUAUUCCUAAGCAGUUAGACCGUAGUCAAUUUCACAAUGUUCCAUCACAGUCUGAAACUGAUGCUAUUAGUGAACGUGACAAACCCGUGCCUCGGCUUGUGCCUAAAAGCCAGUUGCUACAGUUCAAAAAGAGUAAAGCAGAAAAGAAACCCCAGCUUAAGGAAUAUGCACAGAGCUUGGGCUUGCAACCCAUGGUAAAGUUCAAGUGCCGGAAAUGCUGUUCAAUGUCAUUUAAAACUUUAGCCAUGUUGAAAGAACAUCAAUUAGUAUGUCGAGCACAAGCAAAAGAACCUGCACUAAGCCCUGAGGCAGCUCCUUGUCCAGAACCAAAUGCGAGUGGGCCGUCUAGAGUUACUAGGAAAUUGUACUUGUGCUCGGCAUGUGGUCAUUAUUAUGAAAAUUGGAAUCUCUUUCUUCAUAUGAAAGAAGUACACAACAGACAUAUUUGUUUAUUUUGUUUGGGUAUGUUUUCUAAAGCAGAGAAACUCUCAUCCCACCUUUCAAAUAAACACAAUGUUAAAGAGUUUAAUUAUGAGAGCAAAGAGGAGUUCUUCAAUGUUUUUAGUGGAACCUUAUAUUUGAUGUGCUGUGCAUGUGAUGAAAUUUGUAGUGAAAAAGAUGACUUUUUCAACCAUGAUUGUAAUAAUGUUAUACCAAGACCUGUGCCUAUUCUUGUUAGCAAAGCAGUUAAAACAAAUAGUGUAAAGAAUGUUAAAAGCUUCAAUGAAGUGUCAACCAAUGGACCAACAAGUUUAACAAAAGAAUCAAUAAAGCCAAUUUGUGAUCGAAGAGAUAUCACUGAUGGCAAACCUGAAACAGUCACAUCACAAACACAUAAAUCUGCAGCUAUAAUCCCUGAUACAAGCAGUGCUAGUGAACCUGUAAUUAGUGAUACUAGUAUUACCUCUGACUGUUCACUACUUACUAGUAAAGAUAAUGCUAUUGAUUCAGGAAUGGAACUUGAAAACUCAGACUCAAAGCCUGUUUCAAGUCCCAUACAACAAAAUAACUUCAGCCCUGAGCAAAACAAACAUAUGCUUUCUAAUGGCGAUGAUAAUUUAGAACAUUCAGAUGAUAGCGAUUCACCAAUCUCUGAUGAAAUUAAUGAACUAAUUAGAGAACCUACACCAGUUCAAAAUGAUGAAGCAAUAUGUACUCCUGUGGAAAAGGAGAAAGAAUGUGGAAUAAAGUUAAAAUUAAGUUUAAAUAAUGCAAGCUCUCCUGUUAUAAUUAAUUCGACAGUAGAUCCCACCAUUGGACAACAAAAAGUACAUAAACCACCAUCUAGAGUGAGACGGCCACCAAAGCGUUAUGAAAAGGAUGUAAAUGUUGAUCCAGUACUGCCUCCGAAAACACAGUCAAUAAAAAUGACAAUAUGUGAUAGAGCUGAUAGUCCCUUUGUAAAGACAACCAUAUUUGAAAAUAAUAAAGAAACUACUCUAAAAACACUGCUAAAUAACAACUUUGAAACUCCAUCUAAAACUCCUGAAAUGAAGAUAGAGAACACUGUUAAAACUACAAUUUAUGAUAACAAAUUAGAAGAAAUUAAUACAAUGAACAGGGUACCCAAAUUAACAGUGAGAGUUCCUAAAGAACUGUUGGAUAAAGAUUCAUCUAGUGAUUACUCUUCUGACAGUGAUGUUAGUGAUAAACUGACAGUAGAUGAAAAUAAACCUAUUAGUGAAGAAACACAAGAUAAAAUUAAAGAUGAGCCAGUGAUUGGACAUCCACCCAUUGAACCUCUAACACCACCUGCAGAGGUAAAGCCUGAAGAAGAUUUACAAGUAGAUGAAGAUAUUCAAGUGGAUGAUGAAAAAGAUGAUAUUAAGUUGAAGCCAGAAAUAGAUCAGGAAAUGGACCGAGAUCUACCUGUUGAACCUACCAUUGAGGAACCAACUAUCCCUGUCACACAACUCUCUCUUGAUCGGCCUCUGGAUAAAUAUCCUCUUAAAGAUCUUUUAAAAGUAUUCCUAUCAUCUACCAUAUAUAGCUGUAUAUAUUGCAAUCAUGUGCGCAAGAUUGCAGUAAAUUGUGAGCAACUUGCUUUGCACAUGGUGGCCCAACACAGAUUUGCAGCAACUGUAGAUAGCAUCACUGCAGAAGAACUAAUGCCUGAAACUAUUACUGCUAAGUUGAGGACAGGUGCUCCUGAACUAAAUAUGGUCUAUAUAAAUUUAGAAUCUUAUGACAGUGUCGAAAAGUGUGAUGAUGUUCAAUAUGACUAUAUGUUUGAAUGUUUUCAAUGUUAUUUUAAAACUGCUGUACACAAAGAUCUCUAUUUACAUAAUCGCAAAAUGCAUCAAAAAACUAUUUUACUGUGUGUAAUGUGUAAAUCAAAUUUUUAUAGUUAUAGUGAAUUAAUAUGUCAUUUAUGCCCUGGAACAUAUGAUUCUGAGUAUGAAGUUAAGUUUAGAUGUUGUUUGUGCAAUGUAGAUGCCAUCCCAUCACCAUUCAGAUUAAUGGUACACCUGCGCAAGAUUCACCACACAUGUGAUGUCUGUUUGGAACUUUGUCACAAUCAAGCUCGACUCUCCAAUCACGUUUGGAAACAUAAAUUGCAUCAUUUGUGCUAUCGGUGUGGCAUUGCUUAUAGGAAUAAGCCAGACAUAACCAAUCACUUGUUUUGGAAACAUGGCACUGAGAGUGUUUUAUGUAAAAGAUGUUUACAGAAGAAAUGGCCCCAUGUCUAUCACUUCUGCACACCUCCUGCUGUAUUUGCUUGUGAGGAAUGUAGUCUACAAUUUACAAAAGCUGUAUAUUUAAAAGUUCACAAACGUUUUCACUCCAAUGAAUUUCCCCAUGUUUGUACAGAAGAAGGCUGUACUGAAAAGUUUGUUUCUAAAAAACUUCUUAACAAACAUUUAGAUGACCAUAUGAAGAAAUCAUUAACAGAAAACUUCAAUGAAAUUAAACCUAACACGUUAACUGAAGUAUUACCGGAUUCAUCUAAAGAACCAAUUCCUAUAAUUGAUUUGGUGGAUACCAAACCGAAAGAGGAAGCUGGCACUUCUGACGUUAAAGCUGAAUUAGGGACUGAACAGCUUACUAAAAAAGAGAAGAAAAAGAAGUUAAAAGAUAAGGAUGCUCUAUUGCUUGAUGUGAAUUUACCAGCACUAAAUCUUUCUGAGAGUGACAGCAGUGAUGAGUCAGAUAGUGGUUUUCCAUCAAAGGUCAAAGAUGUAAAACUUGUAGACAAAGUAAAGCAAGAGGAAGAUUCUAAGUUAGAACCAAUGGAAACAAGUUACAGUGAUAUGGACAUUGUGCCUCACACUGAAGAAAAAACAGAGACCACUGACGAAAAACCUAAUGAGCAACAAGUGUUGGACAUAUGGGAUAACUUUAAAAAAUACCAGGCAAAAGUUGAAAAGACUAAAGAGAAAACUCCUCCACUGGUACCAAUCAGAAAACAUGUGUGUGAGUCAGAUCAUGAUUAUUGUUUGGUACCCACUGAUAUGAAUGGAGAUGAUGAUUUAUUUACUAGUGACACUAAAAAGAAAAAUAAAAAGUCUCCCAAGAAACAACGUGGUGAUUUGUCGUCGUCUAGUAGCAGCAGUAGCGAUUCUGAUUCAAGCUGUUCCUGUGGCUCUAACUGUAGUUGUUCAUCUAGUAGUGGUUCAUCAUCGUCAAGCUCGUCGGAUUCUGAUUCUUCGGAUGAUUCCAUAAACGAGAAGGAGAAGAAAAAGACGAAGCGUCUUAAAAAGACUCUACCUAAUAGAAGGGUCAGUACUGGUUCUAAUGUUGACGUGAUGGGUAUGUCUGAAACACCGAUAUUAGUUCCUGAAAAAACAGAGCCCCCCAUUGCGGAAACAGAUCUAGAAACUGAUGAGAGUGAAACAGAUGAAGAGUUCUAUGAUGAGCAUCCGCAACGAAUAGCCAACAAGUUGAAUGAAGAAAAACGUAAUCAAUUGGUAAACUUAUCAUCAGUAGCACCUUCAGACACCGGUUCCCUUUCUGCUGAAACCAGCCGCCCCACCACGCCUAUUAAAGAAGAAGAGAAAGACGUAAAAGAAUUUAAAGAAGAACCCGAAGUAAAAGUUAAGUCAGCCAGUAGUAAGAAAAAGAGCAAGAAGAAGAAAAAAUCAAAAAAUUCCAAAAAGCAUGGGCCCAUUAAAAUCAACAUUCCUAAAGACGUCAUAGUUAAACCUGAAAUAGAGCCACCACUGCCUUUAAUUCCUAAUAAAAUAACAAUAUCUUUACAAUCUAACACAGUACAAAUCCCCGAGGCUCCGAAACCAAGUCCCGUAGUUACAGAAGUGAGCUCUUCGGCAAGUUCAGCCGAAAAUAAACGAGCUUCGAAAAGAAGGAGAGUCCCUAAUAAGUUUUAUGGAUACUCUAGUGAUGAAGAAGCACCACAGACUCCAGUCGCGGCUUUGAAACCGCAGCAACCACCGAAAUUAGAAUGGCGCAAGGAAGAUUUACCUUCGCCAGUGACACACAAGGCGAAGAAAGAAGUACCGUCAACAGUGAUUCCUAGCAGAUUGUACAACUACACAGAUCCUAUUAGGUUGACCGCUCCUAUCCCAGAUCCUGAACCGCCGCGUAUCUUAAUGAAUUCUGAGUCUAUGGAAUCCAGCGACUCAGAUUCUAGUGAAGAAGGCAACCUGGAAAUAUUCCAGCCUAACAGCCAGAGCUUUGUGCCGCCACCACCGACUUAUUUGAACUCUGGCACUUCGAGCUUGCCUUACGCCUUCCAGCGGCCUGCGAUGCGAGAGGCCCGGGAGGGUGAAAGCGUAUAUUGCUACUGUCGCUGUCCAUAUGAUGAAGUGUCGGAGAUGAUCGCCUGUGACGCUGAAGGCUGUCCAAUUGAAUGGUUUCAUUUCGAAUGUGUCGGUAUCAUGGUACCGCCUAAAGGCAAAUGGUACUGUCCUGAAUGUAGGAAAAAUCAAAGUUGUGCCGGUUACAGAUAA